AUGCUCAUCUUAGCAUACUUCCUUCUGCUCCUCAUCCCUUAUGCAGCUACAAUCACAUUCAAUUUGACAAAUAUUGGUCUACAAAACCAGUUCAAGGAAAUAACGAUGGCAGGUGCUGGAUAUAUCUCGGAUGAUGGAAUCCAAGUAAGUGGCCCGGAUAGGAACGGUAGAGCAGGACGAGCAACAUACUUUAAACAGCUUCAUCUCUGGGAUAACACCUCUCGUGAACUAGGUGAUGGUCUCACAUUCUUCCUUGCCGAGAACAAUUCCGUGAUAUUGGCCGGUGGGUCCAUGGGGCUUCCCAUCAAUGGCUUAGAACACACGAAGAGCCCAUUUGUUGCAGUGGAGUUUGAUACAUUUUCAAACCCAGAAUGGGAUCCAAGAAACUCUAGCUAUGAUUUGAUAGGUGAUCAUGUAGGUAUCAACUGUAACUCUCUUGUGUCUAAUACGUCUCAAAAAUGGUUCAGUAAUAUAACCGGUGGGAGAGCCUGUCAAGCUUGGAUUACGUAUGAUUCUGUUUCAAAAAAUCUUAGUGUUUCCUUCACUGGUUUUCAAAAUAAUACAGUUGUACGUCAACAAUUUCAUCACAUAAUUGAUCUCAGGAGCGUGUUACCCGAAUGGGUCAUUUUCGGGUUUUCUGCUGCAACUGGAGAUGCUUUCCAGAAUAAUUCUGUGAAAUCUUGGGCAUUCAAUAGUUCUGAGUUACAAUAUAAUGCAAACAACGUGCAACCACCUAGUUGGAGCCCAAAGGCUAUGAAGGGGAAAACCAGAACAGCAGCUCUGGUGAGCUCGAUGGUUGGAUUAUUUGUGCUGAUUAGUUUUCUGGUUGUGCUUGCUUUUUGUGUGUGGAGAAGGAAGAAAAGAAGGGAAGGGAAACAAGGAUUUAACGUUGGGAUGGACAACGAAUUUGAAAUGGGUACUGGGCCGAAAAACUUUAGUUACCAACAAUUAGCUCGGUCAACCAGUGACUUCGCAGAGGAUCAGAAACUUGGUGAAGGAGGUUUUGGUGGGGUUUACCGAGGUUUCUUGCAAGAUUUGAGCAUGCAUGUUGCAGUCAAAAGGGUGUCGAAGAGUUCUAAACAAGGGAUCAAGGAGUAUGCUUCAGAAGUGAGGAUUAUCAGCAGAUUGAGGCACAGGAAUCUAGUUCAACUCACAGGUUGGUGUCAUGAGAAAGGUGAAUUAUUGCUUGUUUAUGAGUUCAUGGAGAACGGAAGCUUAGAUAUGCAUCUCUUCAAGGGGAAAAGCUUGUUGGCAUGGGGAACAAGGUAUAAAAUUGCCCAAGGCUUGGCUUCUGCUUUGUUGUAUCUACAUGAAGAAUGGGAGCAAUGUGUUUUGCAUAGAGAUAUCAAAUCGAGUAACGUGAUGUUAGAUUCAAAUUUGAAUGCAAAGCUUGGUGAUUUUGGGUUAGCUAAGUUGGUUGACCACGAGAAAGGUUCACAGACAACGUUAUUGGCUGGAACCUUAGGUUACAUGGCUCCUGAAUGCGUAGUAACCGGUAAGGCAACCAGAGAAUCAGAUGUGUUCAGCUUUGGAGUCGUUGCUUUAGAAAUAGCUUGUGGGAGAAAACCCAUCGUGUACAAGGCUCAAGAAAACCAAAUACGAUUAGUAGAUUGGGUUUGGGAGCUCUAUGGGGCUGGAACUCUUUUAGAAGCAGUCGAUCCAAGACUAGGGUCAGAUUAUGAGGGAGAAGAAACCAAGCGUUUGAUGAUGAUUGGGCUGUGGUGUGUGCACCCUGACAUGGUCGUUCGUCCCUCCAUGAGGCAAAUUAUUCAGGUACUGAACUGCGAAGCUUCACUCCCCAUACUCCCCUCAAAGAUGCCUGUGGCAUCUUACAUGUCUUCUCCCAUGUCUUAUUCAGAUGGUGUCGCUUCCAUCAUCCCAACCCAAUCAUCAAGCAGCACAUUUUACAUGGGUCGUUCCUGA